CGCCUGGAAUAGUCCAUUGCUGCCAGUUCGGAAGCCUGGGAGCAACGAUUACGGAUCUGUAAGGACUUGAGAGAAGUUAACAAACAGCCAAGACAUUUUCGCUUUCGAAUGGAAAGACCCGGACUCGGGUCUCCCACCAGCUUCCGUGGACCACAUCUGAUGAAGCCACCGACCGGCUGUUGCAAGAGCUGCGUGAGCCCCACCACAGAGUGUCGGUCAGGACGGGGUGCAGUGGGACAGGGAUGGCGGGAGGCCCAGCUCCUGGGGACGGCGAGAGGCCCUGAGACCCUGGCUCCACUCGGGCCCGCUGCUGCCCGCCAAGGCCAGCGUCUGCCACGGCCCGGGGCCUCAGAGGGGAGGAACAGGGCAGCAAAGGGGCCGAUCAGGGGCUGCAGCCGCAGCCGCAGGGAGCCGCAGGGAGCCCCGUCCCAGGGCCGCCCGAGAGGAGGGGUGGAGCCGCCCGAGAGGAGGGGCGAAGGUGCCCAGAAAGUGGCUUCCGGCGACGCAGCCAGCGCGGGCUAUUUGACGCCGGCGGGGCGGGAUCGACGCCAAAGGUCAGAUCCUUCUGCCACAGGAAGACGCCGAGGAUUAGUAACUAGAUGCAAAGGCGGACUCACUGACGUUGCCGGCCAACCCAGCACCGAACCCAACCCCAACCCAGCACCGAACCCUAACCCUAACCCUAACCACCCUAACCCUAACCACACUAAUCACCAUGACCCUAACCACAACCACCCUAACCACCCUAACCCGAACUCUAACCACCCUAACAAACCUAACACUAACCCUAACAAACCUAAUCCUAACCCAAAUGCUAACGCUAACCCUAACCACCCUAAAAAACCUAAUCCUAAUGCUAACACUAACCCUAACAACCCUAAUCCUAACCCUAACAACCCUAAUCCUAACCCUAACAACCCUAAUCCUAACCCUAACAACCCUAAUCCUAACCCUAACAACCCUAACCCUAACCAUAAACCUAACCAUACCCCUAACCCUAACCCCUAAACCCUAACCACCCUAACCAUGCUAAUCCUAACCCUAACCACAACCACACUAAUCACCCAAACCAUGACCCUAACUCUAACCACAACCACCCUAACCACCCUGACCCUAACCCUAAACAUCCUAGCCACCCUAACACUAACCCUAACCACCCUAACCACACUAACCCUAACCCUAACCACCCAAACCACCCUAACCCUAACCACCCUAAACACACUAACCCUAACCACACAACACCUAACCCUAAACACCAUAACCACACACGCUAACCCUAACUACCUUAACCACACUAACCCUAACACUAACCAACCUAACCCUAACCCUAACCACCCUAACCACCCUAACCCUAACCCACCCUAACCACCCUAACCCUAACCACCCUAACCCUAACCACCCUAAACACACUAACCCUAACUCUAACCCUAACCACCCUAACCCUAAACCUAACCACCAUAACCCUAAACCUAACCACCUAACCACCCUAACUCUAACCCUAACCACAACCACACUAACCACCCAAACCCUAACCCUAACCACAACCACUCUAAACACCCUAACCCUAACCACCAUAAACCAAACCCUAACCCUAACCCUUCAUUGCUGGCCUAAACCUAACCCUAAAGCUACCCCUAAACCUAACCCUACCCCUAACCCUGGCCUAACCCUAACCAUAACCCUAACUCUAACCCUAACUCUAACCCUAACCCUAACCCUAACCCUAACCCUAACCCUAACUCUAACCCUAAACCUAACCCUAACCCUCAUCCUAACCUUAACCCUAAACUUAAUCCUAACCCUAACCCUAUACCUAUUUGUAACCCCAACCCUAACCUUAACCCUAACCCUAACCUUAACCCUAACCCUAACCCUAUCGCUAACCCUAACCCUUAUCUGAACCCUAACCCUAACCCUAAUGCUAACCCUAACCCUACCCCAAACCCUAACCCUCAUCCUAACCUUAACCUUAACCCUAAUCCUAAUCCCAACCCUAAACCUAACCCGUACCCUAACCCUAACCAUAAAGCUAACCCUAACCCUAACCCUAACCCUAACCCUAACCCUAACCCUAAUCCUAACCCUAACCCUCAACCUAACCCUAACCCUAUACCUAUCUUUAACCCAAACCCUAACCCUAACCCUCAACCUAACCCUAACCCUAUACCUAUCUUUAACCCAAACCCUAACCCUAACCCUAAACCUAACACUUCAUUGCUUGUCUAACCCUAACGCUAACCCUAACACCCACCCAUACACUAACACUAACACUAACCCUAACCCCAACCCUAACCUUGACCCUCACCUUCACCCUAACACUUACCCUACCAUUAACCCUUCAUUGCUGGCCUAACCCUAACCCUAACUCUAACCCGAACCCUAAACCUCACCCUCACCCUCACCCUCAACCUCAUCCUAACACUAACCCUAACCCUAACCAUACCCUAAUCCUAACCCUUCUUACUGGCCUAACCCAAACUCUAACCCUAACCCUAACCCUUCAUUGCUGGCCUAACCCUAACCCUAACCCUUACCCAUACCCUAACCCUAACCCUAACGACCCUUAUCCCUAAUCCCAACCCUAACAACCCUAACCCUAACCCUAACAACCCUUAUCCUUAAUCCCAACCCUAACCACCCUAACCCUAACCCUAUCCCUAAGCUUAAGAACCCUAACCCUAACCCCGAAAACUCCCCUAACACUAAUGCCCUUCAUCCCCUAACCCCAACCCCCUAACCCUAACCCCCCUAAAUCUAACCCUAAGGCUAACCACCCUAACCCUAACUCUAACCCUAACCACCCUAAGCCUAACCCUAACAACCCUUACCCCUACCCUAACCCUAACAACCCUUACCCUUACCUUAACCCUAAUCCUAACAACCCUUACUCUUUUACCCUUUAUCCUUUUACCCUUACCCUUACCCUUACCCUUUUACUCUUAUCCUUUUUCCUUACCCUUUUACCCUUACCCUUUUACCAUUACCCUUAUCCUUACCCUUUUUCCUUUAUCCUUACUUUUAACCUCACCCUUACCCUUACCCUUACUCUUUUACCUUAUUACCCUUUUACCUUUACCCUUACCCUUUUACCCUUUUUUUAACCUUUUACCCUUUUAUCCUAACCCUUACCCUUACUCUUUUUGGUAACCCUAACUCAUUGCAGGUAAGUCAGGAAGUGGCCAGAUUUCUGGGGCUCGAUUGGAAAUUACACUGUGCUUAUAGACCCCAAAGUUCAGGACAGGUAGAAAGAAUGAAUAGAACUCUAAAAGAGACUCUCACCAAAUUGACCAUGGAGACUGGCGGUGACUGGGUGGUGCUCCUUCCCUUGGCCCUUUUUAGAGUCAGAAAUACUCCCUCCUUACUGGGCCUGACCCCCUUCGAACUACUCUAUGGGGUUCCUGCUCCCUGACUCUUCUUGGGGACCCCGUUGACUUAACGAGUGGUAACUCUGACUUGUUGUCCAGGCUGAAAGGACUGCAGCUUAUUCAGAAAGAAAUCUGGAGCAAGGUUGGCAGUGCAUAUGCGCCCGGGUCCUUGGAGGUGCCCCAUCAGUUCCAGGCCAGAAUCUGGAGCCUCGGUGGAAGGGUCCUUAUUAUGUCCUGCUCACCACUGUACCAACUGCCAUCAAAGUCGAGGGCAUCGCACUUGGAUCCAUGGGUCACACGUCAAGCCAGCUCUUCACCAACCUGCAGACACCUGGAAAGUCCAAGCCUCCAGCAACCUGCUAAAACUGAAACUCAUCAGGGACAAUGAACUCUCCGACCAGUAUUCGCCUUCGUUAGGGAAUGUGUAAAUGCAGUUUAGGUCCUGAUGCUCCAGAGACAGUAUCAACCUCUCCCUGAGGUUGAUCCACAAUUUUAGGGUUAAAACUGAGGCAAAAGGAAAAGUGGGGAAUGAGAACAACUGUGAUGCUUUGAACUGAAGCCAGGUGCAGAGAGCUCUUGAAGGGCGGGGUGAACUGUUCUGAGAAACAGCCAGCUGUAAACUGUCUACAACCAGCUGUAAACUAUAGAGCAAAGUGACCUGAUUUUCAGGUAUAAAAACCCUGUGCUUUGCAUGUUCGGGGUCAUCUCCCGCUUUUGGAGGGGCAACCCUAUCGUGAUAGCAAUAAAACCUCUUGC